CAUUCCUGGUCCAACGGUCCGCGGGGAUUGUCGCGCGUUAGGUGAGCACUCGGUACGCAACAGCACUCGGUGUAUCCCUGACGAGCCGUCGUUCCUUCACGGGAAGUUCGGAGUUGCGAUCGAUUCCUCCUGUAAAAAAAUUCGCCCGAAUCACAUUUUGUGUUCCAGUAAAGCGCUUUACCUCAGCGAGCAAAAUGACUAUUGGACAAAUCAGAGCUCGUCAGAUCUUUGACUCACGUGGGAACCCUACAAUAGAGGUCGAUGUUAUCACCGAACUGGGGAAAUUUCGUGCAGCGGUACCAUCCGGUGCAUCCACUGGGAUUCACGAAGCCUUGGAGCUGAGGGAUAACGACAAGUCCAAGUAUCAUGGGAAGUCUGUUUUCAAAGCGAUAGAAAACAUCCAAAACAUCAUCGUUCCUGCUCUGCUGGAGGCCAAAAUUGACGAAACGCGGCAGGAGGAGAUCGAUAAUCUGCUGUUGAAACUGGACGGUACACCAAAUAAAUCGAAGCUUGGAGCAAAUGCAAUUCUGGGUGUCUCCCUAGCUAUCUGCAAGGCUGGCGCUGUCAAGAAACAAAUACCCUUAUACGAGUACAUCGCCGAAUUAGCCGGCAAUAAGGACAUCGUCCUGCCGGUACCAGCGUUCAAUGUAAUCAAUGGUGGUUCCCACGCUGGCAACAAGCUGGCUAUGCAGGAGUUCAUGAUCUUGCCCACCGGUGCAGCAACCUUCACGGAAGCUAUGAAGAUGGGUUCCGAGGUCUACCAUCACUUGAAGGCGGGCAUCAAGAAGAAGUUCGGUCUGGAUGCCACCGCUGUGGGUGACGAGGGUGGAUUCGCGCCAAACAUCUUGGAGAACAAGGAAGCGCUCAAUUUGAUUAUGGACGCCAUCAAGACCGCUGGCUACGAGGGUAAGAUCAAGAUCGGCAUGGACGUCGCCGCGUCCGAGUUCCACAAGAACGGCAAGUACGACCUGGACUUUAAGAACGAGAAAUCCGACCCGAACACGUACCUGACACCGGAACAACUGAAGAACCUGUACCUGGAAUUCGUCAAGGAAUUCCCGAUCGUGUCGAUCGAAGACCCGUUCGAUCAGGACGACUGGGAAUCGUGGACCUCCAUGACCGCGGCUACUUCCAUCCAGAUCGUUGGCGACGAUCUCACUGUCACCAAUCCCGAGAGAAUCAAGGUAGCGGUUGAGAAGAAGGCCUGCAACUGCUUGCUGCUGAAGGUCAACCAGAUCGGCUCCGUGACCGAGGCCAUCAACGCCCACAAGCUCGCCAAGAGCAACGGUUGGGGCACCAUGGUCUCCCAUCGUUCCGGAGAGACCGAGGACACGUUCAUCGCCGAUCUGGUUGUCGGUCUCUCGACCGGCCAGAUCAAGACCGGCGCGCCCUGCCGCUCGGAGCGCUUGGCCAAGUACAACCAGAUCAUGCGUAUCGAGGAGGAGCUCGGCGCCAAAGCGAAAUACGCCGGCGAGAAAUUCCGCAACCCCGCCGCUUAAACGAGACUGUAAAUACUCCUGUAACAUCAGGCACGGUCGGGUCCAGGUCGUCGCCAAGUUUUGUCUACCCGUAUGCGUUACGCGAGUAAGGCGUAUACCUUUGUGUUCGUACUAGGUACGUAGUCUGGACGCUAAUAUUUUUCGUAGCUUCAAUCGAUUCAUAUACGAGCAACGCAGUUAUAGAGAGCAUAUUAAACGUGACGUACAACUGUCAUCUCGCGAAUUAAUUAGAAAAAGAAACUUUUAGUUAAAGAGACUUGAGAGAAGACAUGUAGAAUUUCCUCUUCUUUUAUUUUAUUAUUAUUUAAUUUUAAUCAUCAAUGCGUUUUUUCUCCUUUUUCAUUUUCAAAAUAACUCAUUCAGCAUCGCCGCUGGCGGAUGACUUUGUUAGACUUGACAGUCUAUAAAUAUUGAAAAGAUAUACAUAUAAAUAUAUAUAUAUAUAUAUAUGUUAUGACAAAUAUACAUUACAAUAAAUUAUGUUAUGUAGUUUUAUGGACGGUCAUGUGUACGCAUGACGCAUUAAUAAAGGCAGUUGCGCAAAAAAAAUAAAGCCUUAUUUCAGGGCGUAUGUACAAUACAAUACGCGAAGAUCAAUAAUACUGCAUAGCGUCGAGAGAUAAAUCUUGUCAAAACCAUAUCUGUAAAAAUAAACGAAUAAAUAAAGCCUGAUGAUACGAGA